AUGGAAUUUAGUGGGAGUAAUUAUUUCCGAUUUAGAUUAGCUUUAAGUUUAAUAAGUGGCAAAUCUAUAACGAUUAAAAAUAUUAGAAAAAAUAAAAAUGGAAUAAAAAAUAAUAAAGAAUUAGAUAAAAUAAGCAAAGAGCCUGAAAUCGAAGGAUUACAUGAAUACGAAGCAAAAAUUUUAAAACUUAUUGAUAAAUUAUGUGACAAUACAAUAAUUAAAAUUAAUGAAAAUGGUGAUGAAUUAUACUUUAAACCAGGAUUCUUAGUAGGUAAUGUGAAUGAUGAAGUAAAAAUUAAUGAUUUAAAUAUAAUAUUUCAUUGUGGUAAAGAAAGAAGUAUAACUUAUUUUCUUGAAUUUUUACUUAUGAUAAUUCCAUUUUUUAAAAAUCCAGUUAAAUUAUUAUUAAAAGGCAUAACUGAUGAUUCCAUUGAUAGUACUGUUUAUACUUUAAAAAUUGUGAGUGAACAUUUUUUUAAAACAUUUUUGAAAGUUGAUGAAAAUUUUUUAAACAUUACAAUUCUAAAAAGAGGAAUUAAAUCUGAUUGCUCAGGUGAAGUUUUAUUUUUUAUGAAUAAUUUUAAAUCAAUAGAUUCUUUUGAUAUAAAUGAUCCUGGUUUGGUUAAAAAAAUAAGUGGAUCUAUUUUUUGUAAUAAUGUUUCAUUAAUUUUUAGGAAUAAAUUCAUGAAUUGUGCAAAAAAAAAUUUAUGUAAAUUUACCCCUUAUGUUAGCAUUGAAGCUGAAAAUGCAAAAUUAAAAAAAAACAAUGAAGAAAAUCAUUUUAUUUCUUUAUCCUUAUUUGCACAUACACAAAAUAAAUGUAUUUAUGCAACUGAUUUAUGUAUUGAUGAAUUUUUAUUGAAACAUGUUAAAGAUUCAUUAAAUAUAAAUAAUAAAAAUAAUGAAACUGAUUCCACGAGUCAAGGAACAAGUAAUGGAAAUAAUAUUCAAAAUGUUGAAAAUAAAUUAGAAAAAAGUAAAAAAAAUGAAGAAAAUUUUCUUAUAAAUAAUAGCAGUAAUUCAUUUUCUAAAGAAGAAAAAAAUUGUAUAGAUUAUAAUAGUUUUUUAAAUAAUAUGUCAUCUAACUUACAUCAAGUUGAUAUAUAUGAAAGAUUGGGAUUUUUUGUUUCCUUAAAAAUAGCAAAUGAAAUAAAAGGUCUAUCAUCAGUAGAUACAAAUUAUCAAUGGUUACCUCUAUUAUAUAUGGCUUUAGCAAAUGAUACAUCUGUUUCGAAAAUUACAUUAAAUAUUCUAAAACCAUACUCUAUUGCACUAAUUAGAUUGUUAAAUGACUUUUUUAGUGUUGUUUUUGAUAUUAAAAAAGUAGAAAAAUCUCAAAUUGAUUAUUCAUAUAUUAUAAAAUGUGUAGGUGUAGGUUAUCGUAACUUUUCAAAAAAAACUUUUUAA